UGAUAUGUCAUCUUGCAAGACAAAUGAAUGUCAAAGACAGCCUCUUCUUGCUUUAUAUGAUAAAAUAAGCAGAUUAAAAUCAUUGGAUCGAAUUUUGAUUAAUACAGGCUCUAAUUUUAAAGCAAAAUCACCAUAAAAAUCACCUGACAUUAGGGCAAUUCUUGAUCAUUCUAAACUUUCUAUUGAAAGAUCAAAAUCCUCCAAAGCAAUUGACUAAUAAUUAAACCAUUAAAAACGAGAUUAGAAAAAUGACAUACGAAAAGAAGGCCAGCUUUUGCAAUUAUAUUUAAUGUGUAUGCAUAAUUCAUUAUAAAACCAGAGAUUAGUAAUUAAUUUAUAAAAGAAAGCAAAGAUAAUAGAACCGAUAAGUGUCUUCAACUUCUUGAGCCAACCUUUGUACAUUAAAUAUGUAUGAAAUCAGAUUUAUUAACUUAGUAAACUUAAAUUCAUUAAUUCCAAUAAACCCAAACUUAAAAGCAAAUAUAAAUUUUCAAGAUAUCAACAAGAAUUCUGCAUUGCAUUAUGCAGUAUUGAAUGAAAACGUCUCACUUGUGUAAGCUUUGAUUUUCAAGCAAAUUUAAAUAGACAUAGUAAAUUCUGAACAUAUCACCCCUUUUAUGCUGGCUUGCAUUCAGUAAACUUUGAUUUAAUUUUAAAAGCGGCCAUAAAGACAUAAUUCUUAUUUUGUAUGAGGAAGGAGCAGAUAUCAAUCAUUCAGAUAAUAAGGGAGAUACCUCGCUUCAUUAUGCGUGUAGAUUUAAUUAGAAAGAAGUAGUUGAGUGCUUAUUAAAGAUGAAUGGAAUUUAAAUAAGAAAAAAUAAUGAAUAAAAAAUACCAGAAUCUUAUACAAAUCAAUUAGAAAUUCAGAAGUUGUUUUAAAACUACCAUUUAUCAACAAAAGGUAAGAGAAGUAGUAAUUCAGAGAAAAGAACAAAAGAGAUUAAAAUUUAAAAUAUUUUGACAGAGUACCUCAAAAAAUCCAAAAAAUGUGAAUCAAAAGGAACUUCGACUCCUCUAGUUAAAUUAUAAAAUGAAUUAAAAUAACAAAGUGUAAAUCAAUAAACCAAUCAAUUAAAUCAACUUUUAAUAAAUACUUCAUCUACUAUUGAUUCUUUGAAACAGUCAAAAUCUAAAGUGGAUGAAAGAGUAGGGCCACAAUAAUUUUAAUUGGUUGGACUCUUAGGCAGAGGAAGUUUUGGAGAAGUAUACCUUGUAUAAAGAUAGUAGAAGUUAUAUGCAAUGAAAGUUCUACGCAAAAGCUUAAUUUUCAGUAUAAAUCACAAUUUAUAUAAGAGUAAAAUAUUUGUAGAUAUGCAAUAACUGAGAGAAAUGUCUUAUCAGUAUCAUCACAUCCAUUCAUUGUAAAAUUAAGAUAUGCCUUUCAGACCUAGGAUAAAUUAUUUAUGAUAUUAGACUAUUGUCCUGGAGGUGACUUAGGUUAGAUCUUGACUAAGUAGAAACGACUGUCUGAAAAUAUAGUGAAGUUGUACAUGUGUGAGAUAAUAUUGGCAUUGGAGGAUCUCCAUAAAAGAGAUAUACUCUUUCGAGAUUUGAAGCCAGACAACAUUGUACUCGAUUCAGAAGGUCAUGCCUUGAUAACAGACUUUGGCCUAUCAAAAGAAGGAAUUUUUGAUGCUGAUAGAGGAGCCUAAUCCUUUUGUGGUUCAGUAGCAUAUUUAGCUCCGGAAAUGCUGUAAAGGCAAGGACAUGGGAAAGCUCUGGAUUGGUAUUUACUUGGAGUUGUUAUGUAUGAACUCUUAACUGGAUUACCUCCUUUUUAUUCAGAUGAUAAAGAUGUCUUAUUUAACAAUAUUUAGAAUGGGGAGCUUCAAAUUCCAAAUUACAUUUCUGUUGAAGGUAAGAACCUUUUGAAAGCAGUAAGAUAUUAUUAAUUCUUUAGCUAUUGAACAGAAAUCCAGUAAGUAGAUUGGGUUCAGGAGAAGGAGAUUAUUUGGAAGUGAAAUAACAUCCUUAUUUUCACGACAUUAAUUGGGAUAAAGUACUCAAUAGAGAACUCAAGAUGCCAAAGCCUACUAAUAAUAAGGUAUAUAUGAUAUCAAAAGGGGCUUAAAAUGUGUUUGAUUUGCAAAGUUUUAUUGAAAUAGAAAAAUCUCAUGUUGAUGGAUGGUCAUACAUUCAUACAGAAUGA